AUGUAUGUCGUUCCAAAACCUGGCAACGAAAAAGAAGAGCAUAUCGAAUUCAGUGGUGGUAGCGAGGUGAAUCCAAUGCCGCCGAUGUGUAGAUCAGGUUGUGGGUUCUACGGCAAUCCAGCACAAGACGAUCUAUGUUCAGUGUGCUACAAGGACUCGCUACGGAAGAAGCAGCAACCACCAGCCAGUACCACACCAGUAUUUUCCAAUGGGCCCCCGACUUCGUCUGCCUCCGCUUCCUCCACAAACAUAGGGGCAGUUAUCACGACGCAGAGCUUCACCAGCACAGUGGUCACCGCCGCCACCUCAAUCUCAUCGGCAACCAAAAAUAAGGACGAUGAAGAUUUUAAAGGUACAGAAAGUGCUGAUGAGUGGGAAGAUAUUUGCACGGAAGAAGAUUUGCCCAGCGAAGUUGAGAAUGAAGGUGUGCCGUCUUCAGCAGCUUCCCAUUCGAACGAUCAACCUGCAGCCCAACCAGAUUCCUCCGAAGAUGAUGAAGCCGUUGAAGACAAUGAUGAUGAUGAUAAUAGUGGUGGAUCGAAAAAAAGAAAAAUCGACGAAGAUAACAGUGGUGCCUCCAGCACAAACCCCGCGAUAGGCGCCGAUUGCAGCAAUGACAAGGAUGGCGAUAAGGAUAGCAAGAAGAAGAAGAAUCGAUGCGUAAUCUGCCGCAAAAAAGUUGGAUUGACUGGCUUCGAGUGCCGAUGUGGUGGUCUAUUCUGCGCGGUACAUCGAUACAGCGAUAAGCACGAUUGCUCGUUCGAUUAUCGAGAGCUCGGGGCUGCGGAAAUCAAACGUAAUAACCCGGUUGUGGUUGGAGAGAAAAUUAACAAAAUUUGAACACUCGUGCCUUUAAUACACAUAUACAAUAUAAAAUAUACAAAUA